GAUUAUGCUGUAAACUACAGGAACAAACAUUAUGAACACAGACUAAGUUUUACAACAGAAUUUUAGAAAUUGACAGAGCCUGAGCCUUGGAGACACUUUGUGCAUCUACAGCUGGAGCAAGUGCAGUCCAGCGAUGCAACCUUAACAUUAAAAAUGAGACAGGGCAGCUUUAAGAGAGAAACAGGAAGCUGUAACUAGAAUCCAGCUGAAUUCUGAGCUGGGGCACUUUACCAUGAGGCUGCAAAUGAAACAGAUGUGCUCGCUGUGAAUUUCUGUAGUAUCUGGACUUUUUGUACCAAAGGUGGUAACACUUUCCUUCCUGCGAUUUUUUUUUUUUCUUUUUAUUUUGCACAUAUUUUCCAUAGAGGGAAUGAAAUGGAGAAGUUGAAGAAAUAUGUAUCAGUGAAAGAUGAAGAUCAGUUUUAUCAUCAGGGAGCUGUGGAGUUGCUAGUCUUUAACUUCCUGCUCAUUCUUACAAUAUUAACAAUUUGGUUGUUUAAAAACCAUCGAUUCCGCUUUUUGCAUGAAACUGGAGGAGCUAUGCUUUAUGGCCUUGUAAUGGGAUUAAUUAUAAGAUACGCAACAAAAGCACCAGAUGUUGAAAGUGGAACUGUUUAUGAAUGUGAAAAGCUGAAAUCUGGGCCACCUACUCUACUUAUUAAUAUAACUAAUCAGGUCUAUGAAUAUCAAUACAAAAGAGAGAUCAGCCACCACAAUGUCAAUGGUCACCAGGGCAAUGCAAUGCUUCAAAAGAUGACAUUCGAUCCUUCCAUCUUCUUCAAUAUUUUGCUGCCACCCAUUAUAUUUCAUGCUGGCUAUAGUUUAAAGAAGAGACAUUUUUUUCGUAACUUAGGAUCAAUUUUAACCUACGCCUUUUUGGGAACUGCCAUCUCCUGCAUUGUCAUAGGGUUGAUAAUGUAUGGUUUUGUGAAGGCCAUGGUACACAUUGGCCAGUUGAAAGGAUGGGAAUUCCACUUCACUGACUGUUUAUUUUUUGGAUCGGUGAUGUCUGCCACAGAUCCAGUGACAGUCCUUGCUAUUUUCCAUGAGCUGCAUGUGGAUACAGAUUUGUACACACUCUUGUUUGGAGAGAGUGUCCUAAAUGAUGCCGUGGCUAUUGUGCUGACAUACUCUAUAUCCAUUUACAGUCCUAAGGAGAAUCCUAAUGCGUUUGAUGCUGCUGCUUUCUUCCAGUCAGUGGGAAACUUCCUGGGGAUCUUUGCUGGAUCAUUUGCCAUGGGAUCCUCUUAUGCUGUUGUCACAGCUUUAUUGACAAAAUUUACAAAGCUGCGUGAGUUUCCAAUGUUGGAGACAGGUCUGUUUUUUCUCCUGUCCUGGAGUGCCUUCUUAUCAGCAGAAGCCGCUGGUCUUACAGGUAUUGUUGCAGUCCUUUUCUGUGGAGUCACACAGGCCCAUUAUACCUACAACAAUCUGUCACCAGAUUCCAAAAUGAGAACUAAACAGUUGUUCGAGUUCAUGAAUUUUUUGGCUGAGAACGUCAUCUUCUGUUACAUGGGACUCGCACUAUUCACAUUUCAAAAUCAUCUCUUCAAUCCUCUUUUUAUAUUUGGUGCAUUUGUGGCAGUUUUUGUGGCAAGAGCUUGCAACAUAUACCCACUUUCUUUCCUUUUGAAUUUGGGUCGAAAACAAAAGAUUCCCAGGAACUUUCAGCACAUGAUGAUGUUUUCAGGUUUACGUGGUGCAAUAGCAUUUGCAUUGGCUAUUCGAGACACAGAAUCCCAACCCAAACAAAUGAUGUUUACAACAGCACUGCUUAUUGUGUUUUUCACAGUCUGGGUAUUUGGUGGGGGCACAACACCAAUGCUUACGUGGCUUCAGAUCAGAGUUGGCAUAGAUCCAGAUGAAGAUCUGAAAACAGAAGCUGCAAGCCAGAGUGCAUCUAACUUGGAUAAAAAUACAACCAAAGCUGAGAGUGCGUGGCUCUUCAGAAUAUGGUAUGGCUUUGACCAUAAAUACCUAAAACCUAUCUUAACCCACACUGGUCCACCUCUCACAACAACAUUACCUGCAUGGUGUAAUCCCGUUGCCAAGCUUCUGACCAGCCCCAGUGCAUAUGGCGAUCAACCGAAGGAUGAUGACACAGAUUAUAUCAUAGAUAAUGAUGAACUGACUGAAAACUAUGAAUCAUCUGCUCACAUACCAGUGCCAGCACAGGACAGAACAGGCUCCACCCAGGCUACAGGCAAGGAAGAUAUUCAUGAAGGAGACCUAGGAUUAGGAGGGUACAAACUCCAGCUUGAACACACUGCAGGUCAACCACAGAUGAAUUCAUUGGCACAAACAGUGUAAUGUUAAUCACAAGAAAUAAGACUAAAACAAAGAAAUAAGAUACCAUUAUGUGGACAAGAGGCUAGAAAAUGUACUAAGCACAAAAAUCAAAGAAAACUUAGAUUUUACCAACUAAAUGCCUGCUUCCCCCCAGGAAAGAGUUUACCACCAUCCAUAUACCUACAACAAUAUGCAGAGGUUUUCUGACUGCAGCAGUUUUUACUAAGAAAAAAAAAGUAGGGCACUGCCAGCCCACUGUAAAUCCAUUACAGUCAUGUGUUCCCUCAGUAUUUGACUGGACCAUGUCCCUCGCAUGUACACAGGCCUUUCAAUGUUGCUUAUAGUCUUUAGUCAGCUGGAAUAGAGAGAGAAAUAGCUUCCUAAGAUAUUCAUGCUCACAUAAUAACAGCACUUUUUAUACAGCUGGUUCUGAACAGAUCCACAGAUAGCUACUACUCCAGUAGCUAUUAUAUUUAUAAGGAAGCAGCAGAAGAUUCUUUGUCCAAUAAGUACGUGAUGUAAAAAUACUUAAAACAUGCAUUGCAGCCUGUCAGUCUUGAUAGAUCAAGCUCCUUCAUGCUCACUGUAUAGACUUUCCCUGACAAACAGCCCUCUAUUUGCUUUCUAAAUGCACCUUAUAGCCUAGUCCAUACAGGGUUGCACCAGGUUGCCAAACAGAACAUUAAUAGUAGGAGACAUUGAAGUCUAUGAAAUCAGCAACAGACCCCCUUUUAUUGCUGCACUGAAUGGGUAUGACCACUAUUUAAACAGCAGUUAUUCCACAAGACAUUCAUCAUUACAGCUUCACAGCACACAAAGCUUACAUGCUGGGAAAAGUUUUGUUGUUUUGCAAGAUCAUUCUAAAUGUAUGCUUUGAUUUAGGUAGUCACCUGUUUCAUUUUUUUUAUGGUUCAAGGGAAAUGAGUUGUUUCUAAUCAACUAUUUCUGCAAAACAGCUAUAUCUUAAGACUAGCUACUCCAAGGAUAAAUUUCUACGUCUCUCUAUUUAUGCUGGGCACUCAAUAUCACACUAGUGAUAAGGACAGUGGUAGUUAGAUAUAAAAAAAAACAAGAGGAGAGUUCGGGUAUGAAAGCAUUAAUUGCAUCUGCAUAGACACAGUAACUGGAUAAACAACUGGUCAACCAUACAUACAGCUAACUGCCAUAUACUAUUAUCAAGCAUUAGCACAGACCAGCUUUUGCACACAUCAGCUAAGUAGUGCAAAUACAGGGAUAAAGCCAGGCUUUUGUUGUUAGAGCACAUGCCUUUUCUCACCACAUAAGUUUCAACUGUGCAUGAUAACGUUCCUACUAAGAAAGUUGAACCAUAAGAAGUUUUUAAAUAAGGUCAUUCUUAAUAUACAAAGACAACAAGAAUGCAAGAGAUUUGUAAUCUGCAAGAAUAAAAAUCAAGCCAUCUCCAUGAACAAUCAUAAAGCUGAAUAGGUCUUGAUUUCACCACAAAUGGAAGCUGAAAUACAAACUUGAUCAUAUUUAAGUUUUAGUCAUUCUUUUCCAGGCUAAUUAAUUUCUGGUUAAAUGUGACUCCAGAACAGUUGUUUUAAGCAUAAAUUUGAACACUGGAGUUCUAUAUGCUAUUAUGAAAGAUCAGAAGCUUAAACUGGCAUUUUAUUUUCCCCUAAACACUAAUCAAGAAACUGCAAAGGAUCUUAAUCCCCAUGUGGUUUAAAACAAAUUUGCCUUGUUUAGCUGCACGAGGUGGGAAAAGAUGUGCAGCAGGUUGCAAGAAGGGAUGGAGAAUGGACGAGGAGGUAAGGUUUUAUGGCCUAGUACUGCGCACCCUACAGCAUGCAGUGGCAGACAGCAAAGAUAACAGGAGGCAGGAUAGGCAGGUAGAGACACACUGCAGUGAGGUGAAUAUGUGGCAACACAGUGAGAAGUGAGAAGGUAUUAUCAUGGAUGGGUACUAAUAAUCCUGAUUUCAGUAGCCAGAGUUUCCAAUUUCAUUCUUCAAAAGUAUUGAGUGCAUGUCACCAGGCUUCCUAAGCAACUCGGGAAGCACAGAUCCCGGUCCUUAGAUUAUGGUGGAGGGGAGGACGGAAAUCAAUGAACUGCUGAAGUAUUAUGAAGAUGCAAAGCUGUUUUUCACAACUGCUACAUGAACUGGAAAUGACAAGCUCUUCAACAGUUCUGCUCUUAGAUUCUACUCUGAAAUGCAUCCUGCAGCACACUCUAUGGGGUUUUUACUGAUUUAUUUAUUGUGCCUAUGUCAAUUUCUCACACUUGUGCAAUGUGAUAAAUGGAAAGCUCUGGGGUCUGAAAUUCUCUGUUUAUCAAAAAAAAAGUCUGUAGUGAAUACUCUCCACACUGUUCUGCCUGGAUGCCUUAAAGGACUACUGUACUCAGUAAAGAAAGUCAUCCCUUGCAACAGAGGAGUGCAUACUUCACAUCUUCAGAGGUCAGAUUUUUAUGCUAAGACUAUGAAGAGGCUGAAUCAGUGGACCCAGAAGGAUGGGUAUUUAUCCUCUGGGACCAUCCUCAGUAACCAAAGUAACACUGGCUUUUAGGAAAAUUAGUAAUUUGAGCUGCAAGCAAACCUGAAACUUCUACUAAACACCAAUAAAAGUCUCAAUUAUCCAUUACACUAUUCAGCCUUGCCAUUUCCUAAUUUUAAGAUAUUCUUGAUCUGUGUGUCAUGAAGAGGGAGUUAAAACAACAUUAGAACAGAUGAUAUAUUUGUAUUCAAGGAGAAAUUACUGGCAACUAGUAAUUCUUCAUGACUGUUUAAACAGAGUAAUGGAUGUUAAGAGAGGCCUUUAAUGUUAAUUUACAGUUCAUACACUGGAGAUUUAAACUACUCAAUAUCACAGUGUUUGACUGAACAUGCAAGUCACUCAUGAUAAAUGUGAAGCUAUUCUUCCCAUCUGAGUUAAUCUAAUAAAACACUACUUGGAAAAUGAAAUGUAAAAUACAUUGUCAAAAAGUAGUGACUGCAUAGUCAGUAUGAAGGCCAAAAUGUUAGGAAAGAUGGAAAUCUGCAAUAUUGCUAAACCUUUCAGGUUUCAGAAGUAAUAACUGAAAUUUCAUACUGAACUGCAGAGUGUUUGGCAAAGGUUGGAAGCAGCAGAAUGAAUCCUGGCUAUACAGCAGAGCCAGUCCAAAAGACACUAUACUAAAAAUAUCAGGUCACUAUGAUAACUUUCACAGAGAAGUGCAACAUUUAGUAACCUCACUGAAAGCAGGGGGCAUUGGAAGCAAACACUUAAGUUGCUGUGUUAAAAGCUCAAACUUUUUCAUAGUAACCACAUUAGGGCUGUCUUCAGCAAACUGAUUAACUCCACGCAUAACUUAAGCCGUUAAACUAACUGCAUUGAAGUCACAAGAGCAGUUCACACCCUUUCCACCUAGCAACUUAUGUGCCUUGCUGGGCUGAGGACAGCCUGUACAAUAGGUCUUUAUUUCCUUUUGAAAGCUGGUCUGUAUUUUGCUAUCAGCCAUCAAGUAAUGCUGAGCCUGUAACAUCCCAAUUGCUGUGUACAUUUGAGUACACCAUAAAUGCAGCAAUAUACAUAAGUAUUUCAGAUGCACAUAAGCAUUACACACAUGCCUUCAAAAUUCUUUGUUUUCAGAGAUUAAUAUUUGUAUACAAAGAAUUAUCAAUUAUGGACUUCAGAGAACAAAGAAAAUAUCCUGUAUACCCACUUUAGCGAUUGCAAACUACUUCUAAGGACAAAGUUGUUUUUCCCCUACUUCCUUCUAGCAAAACAGAAAAUAGCCCUUUUCAACGUUUUAAAGCAAACCAGUUCUGAGCAUUUUAAAUAACUUAACGCACACAUGCACAUCUCUAGCAAUAAAAUCCCAACAGACAUGAGUUCUGCUCAAUGAACUGUAAAAGCCUUGUCAACAUUUUUUUAUAAACAGUCUUUCAGAAAUUGAAAAUUCUCCAGUUGAUCUAAAUUUCCUAAGCAAAUGUUAGUUUAACCCACAGCCUUGGUCCCAAUACCAGUAAAUUUUCAGAUCAUGAAAUCCCCUCCUUCCUUUACCUCAAUGGUUAGUUUUUAUGGUAGGCACUACUGUUCAGGAGAGUUAGACAAAACACCUGAACAUGUUUUUCCUUGAAUACUGGUUUGUUUAUUGCUGUUUUGGGGUUUUGUUUGGCUUUAACACAUACAUUUUUUACAUCAUAAUUACAUACUGGAGUGCAAGUUUCUGAACAGUAUGAAAGAAAACUUUUCUGCCAA